CCAUAAAAUGGUUUUCAUUGGUUAUCGUUUGGAGUGGAAUUUAAUUUAGUAAAUUUUAAUGCACUCUUUUGAAAACUGCAAACCGAGCGAAUUAUUUUGAAGGGAAUGCGGGGUAUACGUGCGAGUAAAUGAAUAAUAGUGAUUAUUCGGAUUUGGAAAACUAAAAAUUACCUACAAUUUAGUGAAUCAAACAAUUAGUAUUGCUUUUGGAAUAAAAAUUUGUGCUGUGGAUGUAAAGGUUUUGCCCUAUUUUCGAUAAUUCAAGGAAAAAGUAAAUGAAAGAUAAGCUGUUGCAUUGACUGGCAUAUGUAGAACGUUGCUACCAUUUUUAAAGACAUCAUCAUAAUUUACGAGGCGUACAAAUAAAAUAUAAUAAUGGUUGAUUAUUACAAAGUUCUCGACAUAUCAAGGAAUGCGACGGAAGGCGAAGUGAAAAAAGCCUAUAAAAAGUUGGCGCUGAAGUGGCAUCCUGAUAAGAAUCCAGACAAUUUAGACGAAGCCAAUAAAAGAUUUAGGGAACUAUCUGAGGCCUACGAAGUUUUGUCGGAUGCACGUAGACGGAAAAUAUAUGACACACGUGCGACUCUACACAAGGAAGGUUCCAAUUACAGCUAUUCAAAAAACAGCGGAUAUACCAGUGGCUGUGGAUAUAGGUAUCGAACUCGCACAGAUCCUAAACGCGAUUACAAUUUCAACUAUAACGAUGACGACUAUAGUAGACAUGAUAAUUACUCUUCGAAACAGGGGAACAAAUACCACUCAUUUACUUUUCGAAAUAUAUUUGAGUGGACGCCAUUUCAUAAAUUAUUUGAAAAGAAGCGUCGUAUAUAUGACCAAUAUGGUAAAGAAGGUUUAAUGGGUGAUCGCGGCCAUCAUCGAUCUUCACGCCAUCAUCACGCGCACGAGUUUGAUGACUUCGAUGUGAUAAGUGGUUUCCCGUUCGUUUUUCGGCCACCUGAAGAAGUUUUCCGUGAAUUUUUUGGUGUGAACUCUCCAUUUCUUGAUUUGUUUAGAGAUGUGGGUGGCUAUCCACAAUCGAACAGACACAAUAAUGGUUUAAGUAGCAGUGGACGUCAACACGCCGGCACAAAACUGGCCUCGCCGUUUGGAGCGCCUAUGCUAAAUUACUCUAUGAUGGAUUUUAUGAUGCCUUCAAAUGGAUUCACAUCAUUUAGCUCGAUCAAUUCAUUGCCAAAUGGAAGAGGUGGUUCGGGUAAUGGCGCUGUAAAACGCACCUCAACUUCAACGACGUUCGUCAAUGGUAAAAAACUAAUGACUAAACGAGUCUAUGAAAAUGGGAAAGAGACUGUGUUUUCAUAUGAAAACGAUGUCCUAAAAUCAAAGACUGUGAACGGAGUUGCACAGAAACUCUCUUCAAUUACAAAUUAGAAAAAGUCAUAAACUUAAUAGAAAGAAGAAAAGAGGAAAUGUAAUCGAAAUUUUGCCCCAUAUAACUGUCCCUUCUAAGCCUAGGAUUUCCCACUACUAUAGUUAUUUAAUUUCGUUAUUAUUAUUUUUUUAUACAAAUAUUGUUAAUGAUACUACUAGUGAUUAGCAAGGAUAAAAUAUUUUGCAAAUCUCCACUUCAAUAUGCUUAUUUAUCUUAAUCAGUAUAAAUGUGAGAGUGUACGCCUUGUAAUAUUCAUUAGCUAACAAUUAUGCCAGAGUUGAAUAGUAUGCUUGAACUAAUGUGACAGAAGAAGGUAAACUUAUUCUUCGAAAUAUUUUGCAAUAUUUAUGGAGAUAUAGAUUACUUAAAAACGGUUUAUUUUACUUAUAUUAAGCAUAGAAAUAUUAUUUUGUGGAAUGAUUCGCAUUAAAACAAUAUUAUUCUCAUAGUCGGCAUAUCGCUGAAACGAUUACAAAUGAAUAAACCACUUCAGUCAAUUCUUUUACGGCCUGAAGGCAAUUGGAGAUGACAAGUGAACUUAUCUCAACUCACUAACGAAAUGGUUGGUGGUCACCCCGUUCCACGGCGUCUAGUUGUAUAUCUGGCGCAUGCGCUUUAGGAGCAAAAGCCAUUUGGCAAGCCAAGAAAACGAUUUAUUUAACGAGUUUAUUUAAGUCAGGUGGAUGCUAGCGUGGAACCUCAUGCGGCCGCUCCUAUAAUCUGUGUCGUUUGGUCUUUUAUUCUGUGGAUGACCACAGUGAUUGUGCUUAAAGUAUGUCGGGAGUGGCUAUGUGUUCAUAAGAACUUCAAAUAAUGCCAUUACCUAACCUUUUUUGUCAUAUAACAGGACAAGUUGCAUUGCGAGAGAACGAGUACUUCAAUCGAUUUGCUAGCUAAUGAUCAAUAUUAUCAAAAGACCUCAACAAUUGUUAUUUCUGCAUAGUCACACCGGUAUAGUCUGGCGAUAUGCUCAGUUCAUUAGAAGUCUUAUCAUUUGGUAAUUGGUACAAAUUGUUAGGUUGCAUAUCAAAACACACAAGUCCAAAGCACACUAGCUAAUUUCAAGAGCAAUACCAUCUCGCAUUCCUAGAAACAUUGGAAAGUUACACACGAAAUGACAAACGGAAUUGAAAAGUACUGAAAUAUUUAAUUCACAAUAUACAUACACAAUAUAAUUAAAAUUGAUGUUAAUAUGUAUGGACUUUUGAAUUUGAGCAGACAGAGUAACUAAUAAAUUGAGUUAUAUUUAUCAAAAUAUGUAUUAAUAAUAAAAUUUGCCAGAUAAAGUAAAAAUAAAAGGAAUCGCUUAGCGAUUAAUAUAAUAUACAAUUCUUAUGAUUAUAUCCUUGAUAAAAUUGAUACCAUUUAACAAAAAAUUAAAUUCGUUCAAAUAAGGUAAGGAAAUGCUCUUUCCUGCAUUACGAUCAUACUUCUAACAUCGAUUUAUAUAAGUUUGAAUAAGUUAGUGCGGUGGUAACAAAAUUAAACUCUUACUUUAGUUUAACAAAAAUAAAAGAACGCUUCAUGUGACUACUGGCACUUUUUAUUAUUAAUAUUAUAUUUUUCAUGAAUAAAUUUAAAAGUAUAGACCGUACAGAGAAGAAUGUAUGAAAUGACUGAACGCAUGCUCGUCAAUGUGCGGGUACUAUGCAUAAGUCAGCUUUCAGCGUUUGGUACUCAAAUAAAAUUUCUUCAGCUCUAGUACAAUAUACACAAAUGAAAUUUGAAAUGGUGAAAUUAGAUUUUAAUAGAAAAAUAUUGAUUACUCAGAUGGAAACUAAACACAUACAUAAAUUUAAGUUCAUAUCAAAAAGCAAAACUUUUAAGUUUCUGGUAAAUUUCGGGAAUGUAGCUUUCAGUUCUUUAAAAUUCUAUAAUUCAAAAAGCGAAAUACGAAUAUUAUAUUUCAUAGGAAAUGAAUGUGCUGACCAACAAACAGUCGUGGGAGUCAUUAAAAAUGCUAUGGCGAAAUUCUUUAAUUUAAGUAAAAGAAACUGCUUUAAAAUCGGCCAUCAAAUAGAUUCAUAUUUUAAGCAUGAAUGUUACUUAAUAUGAGCAAAAUGUUAGUUGAAGAAGAAUUGCCACACUAGCGAAAUUCGUUUCUAUUUAGAGCGCUUGGUAUGUGUAUGUGAAGAAAAUGAUUUUGUUACAAGGGAUAAAAAUAUUUUAAUCAUUUUAUAUUUCCGUUGUGAUUAUGCGCAUCAAAAGGUACGAUAUAAGAAUAGUCAUAUUAGAAGCAAAAAUUGUAAGUGUAAUACAUAUUUAAUGUAACCACAGAUAUAUUAAUUGAUUCUAUAAUAUGUGAAAGGUAGUGAUAUAAUUUUAUUCAAAAAAAAAAAGAUAACAUAUUAAUCAUAAAAGAUACAAAUAUAUACAUCUCCCGCACCAGCUGAGUAUCAUAUAAAAUACUUAAUGUUAAUAUUAGGUUCGAGACUUAUAAAUUUUAAAAAUAAAAGCAAAAAUAUGA